AUGCGCUUCACCAUUGCUACCGUCCUGGCCUUUGCCGCCUCCGCCGUCGCUGUCGGCGUCGAUGCCGUCGCCGGCUUCGACAAGGUCAAUGUUCCCGCCUCGGGCGAGCAGAUCCCCGCCGGCAAGCCCUACGUCGUCAAGUGGGAGGCUCCUGCUCCCUACUCCGCCGGUCCCAUCUACAUCCAGCUCCUCGGCGGCAAGGACGGCAGCACCCUGACCGUCAAGACUGAGAAGCUUGCUUCCCUCGACAACAAGGAGCAGCAGUACACCUGGAACGUCGACGCCUCCCUCGGCGACGAGCUCACCUAUGGCCUCCGUUUCGUCUGGGCCGCCGACGAGAACAUUGUCCAGUACUCGAACCCCUUCACCAUCAAGAAGGCUGACGGCGCCGGCUCCUCCACCAUCGUCUUGACCUCGUCCCAGGGCGUCAAGACCGUCACCCUCUCCUCUGCCUCUUCUUCUUCUUCCACCACCACCACCACCACCACCACCACCACUGCCGCCACCACUACCACGGCCUCCAACACCACUACCGCCGUCAUCACCAGCUCGACUGCCAGUGCCAACACCACCGUCGCCCACAACACCACCACCCACGCUUCCACCACCCUGAGCAAGACCACCGGCCUCGCCACGCAGUCCGCUAGCCAGACCACCACGGCCCCUACCACCAAGCCCACCAGCGGUGCCGCCCACGCUGCCGGCUCCAUCGCCAUCAUCGGUGGCUUUGUCGCCGCCCUGCUUGCCCUGUAA